AUGGGAAGUUGUUGUGCGAAGAGCGACACUUCGGUUGACAUCGAUGAUAGCGGCCGUGGAGUGGAACGGGAUACUGAAGAUGAUAACAACGUAUACAUCCUCCAGUAUCAGUCGCGUGGAGAGGUGCUGAAAAUGCUUGAACUGGAACCAACACCUCACGAAGCAAGUGUGAUGACACAGUCUCCCAGCUUACCAACGGAUGGACCAGCGGCGGAGGAGUGCGCUGAGGCGGAGCUUUCUGACCCCCUUUCCUGUUCGUCGACAACUAUCGUAACAGUACGGAGUGAGCGGAGGGCAGCCGAUCGUUUUUCAGCCAACUCGCUGACCUGGACGUUGCCAGAGGUAAGUGCGACGACGGUGAGUACCCGCUUCGACCACGCACGAACGACAUCGUUCAUGGGGAGCGAUGACGAUUUCUCUUCAGUGGAGUGGAGCGCUAACUCUAGAAAAGAUAGGCGGUUAAUGCUGCUGCGGGACAGAGAUCGAGCCGCGCAGCGUGAUAUGGUAAUGAACGAGAUGGAUCAAAGGCGGUUCAUUGCUGAACACGCCAACCGAGCACACCGGGCUAUCCUGGUGACGUACAUUAGGAACCGUCUCGAGAUAGAGAGGAGGGUUUCGUACGAGGAGUUCCUCGUAGAACGAAAUGCAUUUCUUCUACAUGAGUUGGAGGCGAGGGAACCGUUGGUGCGGCGUACUGUAGAGCUACAAGCACAUUCAGAGCUCCUCAACAAAAUGCAACAGCAGCGCUUGCUUCGGAACCGUGGUAAAUGA